UGAGGGAGAGAGAAAGAGGGAGCGAGAUAGAAGGGGCGGGAUCUUUUCAUGCGUGUAUUUGUCUUGAACUAGUUGACACAAGCAGGAGAACAUAGAUGCAUGCUCAGUCCUGCAUCACCUCCAGGUUUUUAUGAUAUAAACAGACACGCACGUGAAGGCAUUUUCCCGUUCCGUCAUUUUUACGCAUUGCAUUGAUAUCUGGAAUGUGCUGUUUUCUCGCUAGCGCCGUUUCCAUGCCAGCAUGGGAACUGCAGUGUCCAAAAGGAAGAUUCUGAGAAAUGAUGCGAUUUCUUCGGUGGCGGCCAAAGUUAGAGCAGCCCGAGCAUUUGGAGAGUAUCUUCACACUCAUCCUGAGAACUGCAACGGAUCAGAUCACUUACUCUCUGACACCCUCAUUGGCCACGACUCUGACUCCCCAGAAAGCCUGUGCGCCCAGAACAACAACCUCCACAACUACUCUCUUCAGGAUUCCAGCAACCCUAGCCUGAUCAACCCCGCUCUCGGCCUCCUGGAACCUCCCCCUCCGACUGCAUCCUGCAAGAGCCGGCUGUCACUCGAGCGGAGCUUCUCAGCAGAGGAGGACCAGCAGAAGUGUGUGGAGUGCUCCUUGCAGCCUGCCCGGGUCUACACCAUCACCGGAGAGAGCGGCAUGCUGGGGACCAGCCGGGGGAGCAAGGAGAACCUGGAGCUUGAGGUACUGAAAGAGGCGCUUGAGCAACCCUCCACCUCCUCCAACUCCUCGUCUCCAACGCAGCAUCAUCGCCACCAUGGAGGCGGAGGUGCGAGUGGCAACCAUCACCACGGUAACCACCACCAUCACAUCAGCAGUAGCAGCGGCGGAGGAGGAAGUGGGGCGACCAACCAUCAACUCACCAGUGGCGCCGGAACAUCCCACCAUCAUCAUGGACCGCCUCAUCACCACCACCACCUCUCCCAGCCUCUGCAGGGCUCGGUCAGCGCGCACAACAUCCGCGGCUGGGGGGAUGGAAAGGAAUGCGGCCUGGCGUGCGAGGCCUGUCCUGGGACACCGUCGCGCAGCCAGGGCUCACUGGACCUGGAGAGCAGCACCCGAGAGGCAGGCAAGCAGCGCCGGCCACCACUAGAGCGGAUGUGCAGUGUGGACCGGGUGACUGGGCUGGAGCGAGAUGACAACACUUGGUUCCCUAAAGAGAACAUGUUCAGCUUUCAGACAGCUACCACAACCAUGCAGGCGAUUUCGGCUUUCCGGAGUCUAGCAGAGAGAAAGAGGAGAAAGAGGGAGGUGGAGUCAGCUGCCGUCAUCCAGAGGAACUUCCGGAAGCAUUUAAGAAUGGUGGGCAGCAGAAGAAUAAAAGCACAAACGUUUGCAGAACGCAGGACGAAGAGUUUCAACCGAUCCUGGAGCGAUCCGACACCUGUCAAACAAGACUCCCUACACGACUCAAAAGACAGUGGAGAAUUGCAGACCACCUGCUGUACUCCGGAUGAGGGAGGAUGUGAGGACCGGGACUGGGAGGAUGAGAGAGAGAUGGAGAGACUGGCGUGUGAGGGCGACGACUUCAUCCCACCUAAAAUUAUGCUGAUAUCGUCUAAAGUUCCCAAAGCGGAAUAUGUUCCCACCAUCAUUCGACGGGACGAUCCUUCUAUAAUACCGAUCCUAUAUGAUCACGAGCAUGCUACGUUUGACGAUAUUUUGGAAGAGAUUGAGAAGAGAUUGACGGCCUACAGAAAAGGCUCCAAGAUCUGGCGCAUGUUGAUCUUCUGUCAGGGCGGCCCGGGGCAUCUUUACCUACUAAAGAAUAAAGUGGCCACCUUUGCCAAGGUCGAGAAAGAGGAGGACAUGAGCCAGUUUUGGAAACGCCUAAGCCGGUUUAUGAGUAAAUUAAAUCCAGAGCCAAACUUGAUCCACAUCAUGGGCUGUUACGUCUUGGGCAAUCCAAAUGGAGAAAAGCUGUUCCAGAAACUGAAGAACUUAAUGAGGCCUUAUUCUGUCACGUUCGAGUCGCCACUGGAGCUCUCCGCUCAGGGCAAGGAGAUGAUCGAGAUGUACUUCGACUUCCGUUUGUUCAGGCUUUGGAAAACUCGUCAGCACUCCAAACUCCUCGACUACGAAGAUCUGGUGUGACUGCGGAGGUCAGCACGGGCGGGAUGCCCCACUGUACAAGUCCAUCUCACCAGCUUUCAUUUUGGAAAACAGGAACGGGAAAGAUGACAGACGCAGCCACUUUGCUGCCGUCGCUGCUUCUCUGACGUUAUCUGAGCCCUACGCCGCGGAUUCAUACACCCUUAAAAUGAUAACACACGAGAAAAAUAAACAGGUCCAAAAGAACAGACAGGAGCAAAACAAAGUCGAAUCAAAAGAGGAUAUGAUAUGGGCUUCCUGAGUACGAAGGUGUUCUCUGAAGCUGUCGACAAACAUUAUAGUUUUGCGUACAGUAGCAUUGCUCGGAGAGUCGGUCACUAACCUAAGUCAGUUGUCCUUACAAAAUGAGUCCUGUGUGCAAUAUCAAACCGUGUUUUACGAAACUUAUCAGAAAAAAAGAAAAUAGUCAUGAAAUAAGCAUAUACAGGUAUAUAUAUAUAUACUGAUAUACAUACAGAGUAGCUCUAGUCAUGCAAAUAAUCUAAAUGUCAAUGGUACACAAUUUACUUUGUCAGAGUUUAUUGUUGUGGUUUUUCUAAUGCACUCUUUUGAAUAACUCAGGUUUUAGCCUUUAUGAAUAUAUAAUCCAGAUGUGUUUGGAAGUCCUCGUUUGCCAUUUACUGGAAAGAAUGUACAGUCAUUUGUUUUGCGUUUAGAGGUUUAUUUCGGUACAUUUGCGUCUCCUGCAUCAUAUGCACCUGAGGAUUUAGAAGUCACAUGAUUACAGGAAGUUAAAAGAUUUAGCUAAAAUAUGUCAUCAUAUAACAAUUACAGCAGGUUUGGUCUGAAGUACUCCCCAAAACCCCCCGAUCCUCCAAAUCUUGUCUUUCAUUGUAUUACUUGGCUAUACAUCGCUGUAUAUUUAUAUAACUCAGUGGUUCUCAAACUUUUUCGUUGUAAGGCCCCCUUUGUGUAAAGUGCAUGGCUUUGCGGGCCCCCAAAUAAAGACUUAGAAUUUAAUUUUAACCAAAAACAUUUUCAGUUAUACAAUGCCGGAACAUCAAUUCUUGUGGCUGGUGGUCUUAUUUUUCUGAUGUUUGAUUGCAUACAAUCUAUAAUACAUUUUUUUAUUUCAUAAAAUGCCACAAAAUCUGUGGCCCCCUGCAUCCAUCUUGGAUCCCCCAGUUUGAGAACCGCUGAUGUAACUGACAUGAGUAACGUUGUGAGCAGUCAUGGCAGCUGGUUACUACUCUAGCUAGCUAGGUAACAACUCAGGAAAUUAGUCAAAACAUAGAAAGUGUCAUUUACUUUUUUGCUCAUUUUGUCCAGUCGGUUCAAUAUCAAAACGCACAAAACAACACUUGCAUCUGUCUGCUGGAGGUGCAUUGCAAGAGAUGCGUUACUUGAAAGCGAGCCACUUGGUCGAAAAAAAAAGAGAAAAAAUGUCAUACUAUUACAGGCAAAUCAUAGUGUUUCAUUGAAAACAAAAGGUAUUUACUUCCACUUCUUAAAACAACCAAAUGAUGUCAAAUAGAUUUGGGUUCACACUAAAAGCUCCUUCACUUUAGUUUAUUUUGUAUCCCUGUUUAGUUUGAGCAGGUCGUAGGUGUGGUUGGUCAUGAAGAUGCAUUCUUCACAUAGGUCACUGUUGCCUUAUGGGGCACGAUGGUAUUUGAUGGCCGUACCUGGAUAAUAGAGCAAAUCGUUGAAUUUUAUGGCAGCUUGCAGGUGUAAACUCUAUGCAUUCUUCUUCCAUUCGAAGCUUUUUAAGGUUUUGAGCAACCUGAGAUGUUUUUUUCCAAUUAAAAAUGAUGAAUGUUUUAAUGUGCUCAGCUAAAAAAAGCCAUAGACUCUUUAGCUCUUGCUGCAGCGAGCUGUUCAGAGGCUCUUUGAUGUGGAUGACUUGAGGCAUUUGUGAAUGAAGUUCCAACUGUUUGAAUGAUGGAAUUCUUGCAUCUUUUAUUUUUUAUACAUCCAUUGAUGCUGAUUGGCUGUUGCUUUGCUGUUGUUCAGACAAUGAACGACUUACCCCUGCAGAAAUAGAAAAAUAUCAGUACGUUGUGUGAGGAAAAUAAGCCAAACAAUAUGCUGUAAUAACAUUUGCUUAUUUUAGCAUGUGACAAAGUAUUUAUUUUUCACAUCAAAAUUACAGAUGAAAACACACACAUUGAAUGAAUGAGGCAUUUAUACAUUGACUACAGAUGUCCUUGAAUGUGCAUACAAUAUUGCAGACAUUCAUAAAAGCUUGUGGUCUUGUGGCCAUAAUUCUGUAGUAUAAUCACUGUACUCUAUGUACAGUAGGAUACAAUAGAGUUCCCCUGUCAUUGGGACCGUAGGACCCCGGUCAGAAUGUAGACUGCAAAAGCAAAUUUUGUCAUUAUGGGUCCAUCUGUGGCUCACAGCAGGUGUCAGAAAGAUGGAGAGACAGAAUCCAAAUUCACUAUACUACAGACGGCAGUAUCACCCUCAUCAACGGGAACAUUUGGUGGUGCAAGUGCAAAUGUGUUAUCUCGGGACGUCCAGUAUGAACAGAAUACAUAACAUGCAUAAAAUCCGUUGCCCAUUCGACUUUAACUCAGUUCAUAUCUUUCACAUUUAUUAACCUUCCUAUAAGGAAGUGUUGUGAGUGCAUUUUUUCAUUUUCUUUUAACUGAGGACACCAAGUUAGUGUUUUAAAGCCAUGCACUGUCUUUUCAAUACUUGGUAACACUUUACAAUAAGGUUGUAUUUGAUAACAUUAGUCAUUUUAAUAGCUAACAUUCAACACAACUAACAAUGAGCUAAAUGUUUUUAAUUAUUUGAAUUAAUUAUCAGUUUAUUUGCCAACUGUUCAUUUUAGUUCAUUGUGCAUUAACUAAUGUUAACAGAAGCAACUUAUGAUUUAAAAAAGUGUAUUGGUAAAUGCUGAAAUAACAUAAACUACGAUUAAUAUAGGCUGUAUAGAAAUAUUGUUCAUUGUUAGUUCAAGUUAGCUAAUGCUUUAACUAAUGUUAAUAUAUUCAACCUAAUUGCAAAGUGUUAACAAGUACUUUACUCAUAUCCCACCUUAAAAUGCAGAAUAAGCCAUUGGAACAUGGAGGGAAAAAACGCAAAACAUUUUGUGUUUAAGCGGCUAUCUAGCCUAACACAGGGUUGUCAGACUAUCUGUCCUAAACAGUGAAAAAUUGGGGGGGGGAUGUUAGGAAAUAAUUUAUUUUAAAAUCAUUUUCAUUGUAGAAAGAAAUAUACAAAAUAACUGACCAUAUUGUGUAUAAAAUAUAAGUCACACAACACUAACUUCUUGUUUAUAGAAUUGUUGUAUUAAAGCAAUGUUACAUUUAAACCAUGCUGUUGGACUGAAUAUCAAAUCAGUCACACAGACAUUCAGUGCAUCACCAUUCGGGUUGGUGUGAUAUCGCUUGUUAUUGAAUUGUUGAUGUAGCAAUACACAAGUAUCACUCUUCAACUCUCCUCCAAUAUUUUUUCUCAUUUAUUUUAUUUAAAUAUUUAUGCUGCACCUUGUACUUGACAAGAAUAGCUGUAUGUGCAAAGCUUUGACUGUUUUUGUGGGGCAAUUCAUUUCUCACAAUUAUGGAAGAAUCUGCUUUUAAAUAUCUGGGUUACACAAUGUUUAAUCUGACAGAAAAGAUAACUCGUCAAAAGGAACAAUAUUUUGUGACAGAAUUUGAUGAUUCUAAACCAAGACGAACCUGCAUAUCGUCGCUGUCCUUCUGAAACCUUGUAUGUCCAAAUUCGCUGUUUUUCGGUAAAUGUAAAAAAAACACUAUCGUUUUUAAAUGAUUACUAUACUGUGUUAAAGUUGGUAAGCACUUUUUAAAACUUUAUAUUGGUUAGAUAUUUGCAAAACCCAGUGACAAACAUAAAGGGUGACUAAUAAUAAUGAUUUACGACAAAAAAUAAAAAUCACAAAAUAUGGAGAUACAACGUUUUUAGAAGGACAGCAGUUGAAAUGCAUUUUUGACAUAUUUUAGCAUCCACGAAUGUGCGGUUUCAUUCCACAUGAAUUGAGGAUUGCUUGAGCUUUAACCAGUGUUUAGCCAUCUAAUUUUAUUCCUUUUGUUGGGCCUAAACUAAUUAUUUGUAAAUCAGAAAAAAAUGCAUCAAAUGAAUGGUGCUGUCUUUUUUUUAGAGAAAUGUUAUAUUCAAACAUACUAAGUAUUUUUAUGAAACUUGUGGACAACAGUAUGUUUUAUGCAAUUAUUAAUUUAUUUACUUGUGAAACAGUUAUUACGCAUGACAUGAACCUCGCAGUGGUGGAAUGAAAUCAUAAAGCCAAGACAUCCCGUGAGAGCAGCACAGAAGGAAUGAAAACCAUCGGUGUGUCAUGAGAUACGAUACAUACGUUUUCAAGGCUUUACAGUCUGAAGUUCAGGCUGCUCGUUAAGGUUUUAAUGGCUCUCUGGUCGGCGAUAUACCGAAUUAAUUUCCAGCCUAGUGCUGUUACCCCAGUUUAUCGAUUCAAAACAAGCGUUCAGUCAAAAUGCCCUUUUCCAUAAGCUUUGCGUCACACGUGUAGCACUUUUUUUCUCUUUCCUUGUCAUGCCUCCUCUAUUCAUAUUCACAGAAGGAUAGGACGAGCGCGGGUGCAGAAGUGCUCAUUAGUUUCAUGAGAGACGAUGAGAUGGUUUUCAGUGUUGUGCUCAGAGCUCACGGCCAGCGUGUGCGCGUGUGUGGCGAUAACUUAUUUUAUGAACACUCCCAUGAAUAUGACAGUGUGUUGUUGUUGUUUUUUAUGACGUCGGUAUUGUAGAUAUGAAUAACAUAACAUAUAUAUCUGGUGUUGAUUAUGUCAUUUGAAAUGUCUACAUCUGCAGAUUUGUGUCCUUGUGCAUCUCAUAUGGUGUAACCGAACCAUUGUAAUUGAGUUUAAUGUGAGGAUGAAUGCGGUCAUUGGAUCAGCAGCAUCUUAAAUACCAUGCUGGUUCCGGACAGGUGCAAAGUGUUUCUAAUGCUUUGCUUUUCUAAUAAAAUGUUGUUUCA